AUGGCGACAGAGAAACCACUUCCUUUGGAAAGCCUACUGCCCUUCAAACAGAACCACUCCCCGGAAACACGUGCCAUCCUCCAAGAUGGCCAGCUUCAAGACCCGAACAGCCAUAGUCAGUCCCCGGAAAGUCUGGAGGAAGAAGAAGGGUCAGGCAAUGAGAAGCCCAAGCGCCAAAAGCGGUCACGCGCUUGUCUGGCUUGCCGUUCUAUGAAAAUCCGCUGCCUUCCCGUCGAGGGCCAGGAUGCCUGCAAUGCAUGCGCCAAAGUCAAUCGAGAAUGUAUUAUGCCUGGUCCUCCGCGGAAGAGACAGAAAACCGUCCACAAGGUCGCCGAAUUGGAGAAGAAAAUCAAUGCCCUAACCAACGCUUUACUGGCCAAACAGCAGACAGCAGAUAGUGGCAAGCCCGAAGAUGAAUCCCCUCCCAAAGAUGCUCCGACCAGUGGAAGCUCAGAACCAGCCAAGACUGAUGACACUGCCAAUAGCAGCUUGGACAGCUAUCAGCAGAACUUGAUAGAAAGGGCAUUCCCGCCGACCACUGAACCAGAAUUUGCCAGAGGCUGUCCUCCGAUGAACGUCGAGCCUAUGGCUAAAGACGACUACAUAGAUGUCAUUGACCGUGGUGAUUUGAGCAUGGAGAGUGCGACGGCAAUGUUCAACCACUGGACAAAGAACAUGUGCUCUUCUUGCCCAUACGUCGUCUUUGCCCCCGGGACAGACCCCAACGAACUUCGAAGGACUCGUCCCAUAACGUUCCUAGCCAUUUUGACAAUUGCAAGCCCUAUCGUACAACCCUCCGCCCAGCCAGCGCUUACCAUUGAGAUCAAUCGGCAGAUCGCAGAACGGGUGCUCUUCCAUGGCGACAAAUCAUUGGAUAUGGUCCAGGCACUGCUGGUGAACUCUCAGUACUACGUACGGCCGCGCACGGCGAGGGAUCUUGCCUUUAAUCAAAACAUCCAAUCUGCCAUUUCCAUGUCUCUGGAACUAGGGAUCGGCAAGAGAUCAAAAUUGAAAAGGACCCCAGCCGAGGAAGUUGAACUGGCCCGCACAUGGCUGGCCUGCUACCAAGCCAACAUAAAUGUCACCACUAUCCUUCGUCUCCCUACCCUGAUCAGGUUUAGUCCACGCAUAGAAGAGUGUCUGGAGCUACUCAGAACCAGCCCUCAUGCAACCCCGAGUGACAAAUGGCUGUGUGCCACCGUGGAACUGGCGCGCCUCGCGGAGGAAGUUGCAGCAGCGUUCAACAUGGACGAUCCUGGUGCCGAACUGAACUUUUCGGAGCCCAGGGUGCAGUAUCAGUUGAAGUGCUUUCAACGACAAUUGCAACAGUGGGAGAAGAAUGUCGAUGUCUCGGUGGAUCAUCGACUUGUGCAACACCAAGCAGCAUGCCUCAAUCUAUAUAUCCACGAGAUCGCUGUUCACUACGACCACAACGUAGAUGACUUCCGACCAGGAAUCGCCGCUUUAGACCAGCGCAGAGCGCCCGAUUUUGUUACAUCUGCUCACGUCGAGGCUUUAUCGACUCUUCUAGAGAGCAGUCACCGAGUUCUUGACACCUACCUCUCACUCGAGGUCAACUGUGCUCGAAAUCUGACCAAUCUAUACAUUGUGUGGAAUGCAUAUGCCAUUGUGGUAUUGAUCAAACUCCAAUGGAUCUUCACCUCGCCAGAGUCCAAAUUCGGCUCGGUCUUUGUGCCUGAUCUAAAGACCGGGUAUUAUUUGGAUGCAAUUCUUCACCGACUGGGCGAAGUGUCCGCUGGCGGCAUGAAUCCCUGCGCGGAAGCCUUCGGAUUCGUUUUCAUGAAGCUCAAAAUCUGGCAUAUGCAUAGAUCAGGACAGCUCUCGGAUGACGAAGGCCAAGAUGAGCAGACACGACGGCAACAAACGUCCAGUAUCCUGCGGCAAGAUCCGGCAUCCAUCAUUGCUGAUGCGAAAAGGAUGGAAUGUCCUUCGUCUGGGACACCCGCGAACCUGCUACCGACAAAGCUGUAUACGCCGGCUCUACUCCCGGGGGGAGCUUGGUCGAAUGUGGACAAAUUUGGCUCGAACUUGAACGCUGCAUAUGACGCUGCCAGUUACGGAAACACCAACUGGGACCAGUUCAACUUUAGUACCGAAGAAUUGGACAUGUUUGAUAUAUACAUGAACAACAGCGGCUGGAUGGGGUAUCUGCUCUAG